CAGCGCAAUGGGGAAGACAAACUCACAUAAUUUGCAAGCACUUUACCAUAUUUCUUUCUUCUUUCACCUGGUGCUUGGAAAAAAGAAAUUAAUUAAGAGGUAACAAAAUGGGUUCUUUAGACAUAACAAAGAAUCUCUCUCAUGUUGUGUGUAUCCCAUUUCCAGCACAAGGUCACAUAAAUCCAAUGCUCAAACUUGCAAAACUUCUUCAUUUUAAAGGUGGUUUUCAUGUCACCUUUGUUAACACUGAAUAUAAUCACAAACGUCUUCUUAAAGCUAGAGGUCCUAAUUCUCUCAAUGGUCUCCCCUCUUUUCGUUUUGAAACCAUUCCUGAUGGUCUACCUGAGUCUGAUGUGGAUGUAACACAGGAUAUUCCUUCCUUGUGUGAAUCCACAAGAGCAACUUGUUCACCUCACUUUAAGAAACUUCUUUCAAAACUUAAUAAUGCUAUAGACACCCCUCCUGUUACUUGCAUAGUUUCUGAUGGUUGUAUGAGUUUUACUUUGGAUGCUGCUCAAGAACUUAAUAUCCCUGAAGUGCUUUUUUGGACAACUAGUGCUUGUGGCUUCAUGUGCUACAUGCAAUAUCGUAAACUCAUUGAAGAGGGCUUAACACCACUCAAAGACUCCAGUUAUAUAACAAAUGGGUAUUUGGAGACUACCAUAGAUUGGGUGCCAGGCAUAAAAGAAAUCCGAUUAAAGGAUAUCCCAAGCUUCAUCAGAACCACAAACCCUAAUGAUAUCAUGCUUGAUUUUUUACGAGGGGAAUGCCAAAGAGCUCAAAAAGCAUCUGCAAUAAUUUUCAACACAUUUGACAAUUUGGAACACGAUGUUUUGGAAGCAUUCUCUUCCAUUUUACCUCCUGUUUAUUCCAUUGGUCCCUUGCAUUUACUCAUAAAAGAUGUGACAAAUAAGGAAUUGGAUUCAAUUGGGUCCAACCUAUGGAAGGAAGAGCCAGAGUGUUUGGAAUGGCUAAAUAGUAAAGAACCCAAUAGUGUUGUUUAUGUCAAUUUUGGAAGUAUCACUGUUAUGACAAGUGAACAAAUGAUUGAGUUUGCUUGGGGACUAAGUAAUAGUAAAAUGCCCUUUUUGUGGGUCAUAAGGCCAGAUCUUGUAGCUGGUGAAAAUGCUGUUUUGCCUCUAGAGUUUUUGGAAGAGACCAAAAAUAGAGGUUUAUUAUCAAGUUGGUGUCCACAAGAGGAAGUUUUGGGACAUUCAUCAAUUGGAGGGUUUUUGACACAUAAUGGUUGGAAUUCAACGUUGGAAAGUGUUUGUGGUGGUGUUCCAAUGAUAUGUUGGCCUUUUUUUGCUGAACAACAAACUAAUUGUAGAUUUUGUUGUAAUGAAUGGGGGAUUGGUUUGGAGAUUGAAGAUGCUAAGAGGGACAAAAUAGAGAUUCUUGUGAAGGAGUUAAUGGAAGGAGAAAAGGGUAAAGAGAUGAAAGAAAAAGCUUUGCAAUGGAAGAAAUUGGCACACAAUGCUGCUUCUGGUCCUCAUGGAUCAUCAUUUAUGAAUCUUGAGAACCUCAUUCAUGAUGUUCUCCUCAAGUGAAGUGAACAUUUGAUUUAGUACUUGAUGAAUUUAUCUUGUAAAAUUAAUUUGUUUUAGUGAUGUGUGUAUGAGUGAAAUUUUUUGUUUUAUUUUUUUGAGAAACUAUUUUUGUUUAAAAAGUGAUUUUAUUAUAAUUGGUGAUAUUUGGAUAUUAUA